AUGGCGCUCCCAGGUCCCCUCCGGCCGCGCAAAGUUCGCAGGAGGCGAGAGAUGCUGCCGCAGCAAGCUGGCUUCGUGUGCGCGGUGCUGGCUCUGGUGUGCUGUGCGUCUGGCCUCUUUGGCAGCUCGGGGCACAGAGCAGCUGCAGGUAAGCACCUUCUACCAGACGCAUGGAGAACUAGAAAGCUGAUGGCACCCGUGAACGCGACACAGACGGCCAAGAACUGCACAGACCCUGCGAUUCACGAGUUCCCCAGAGACCUGUUCUCCAAUAAGGAGCGACAGCACGGAGCCGUCCUGCUGCACGUCCUCGGUGCUCUGUACAUGUUCUACGCCCUGGCCAUAGUGUGCGACGACUUCUUCGUUCCAUCUCUAGAGAAGAUCUGUGAGAAACUCCACCUGAGUGAGGAUGUGGCUGGUGCCACCUUCAUGGCUGCAGGAAGCUCGACUCCUGAGCUGUUCGCUUCGGUCAUCGGCGUGUUCAUCACCCACGGAGACGUCGGGGUCGGCACCAUCGUGGGCUCCGCCGUGUUCAACAUCCUGUGUAUAAUCGGAGUUUGUGGAUUAUUCGCGGGCCAGGUGGUCCGGCUGACGUGGUGGGCUGUGUGCCGAGACUCCGUGUACUACACCCUCUCCGUCAUCGUGCUCAUUGCCUUCAUAUACGAUGAAGAAAUUGUGUGGUGGGAAGCCCUGGUGCUCAUCAUCUUGUACAUGUUUUACAUUCUGAUCAUGAAGUACAACGUGAAGAUGCAGGCCUUUUUCACAAUCAAACAAAAGACCAUUGCAAAUGGCAACACGGUCAACAGCGAGCUGGAGGAUGGUAAUGAUUGCUGUGAUAGUAGCUCUGACGACCCUUCCGUGCCGUUGCUGGGGCGAGUGAAGGAGGAGCCCCAGUACAGCAAAAACCCAGUGGUGAUGGUGGACGAGGUCAUGAGCGCCAGCCCCCCGAAGUUCAGCUUCCCGGAGGCGGGCUUACGCAUCAUGAUCACCAAUAAGUUUGGGCCCAGGACCCGACUGCGGAUGGCCAGCAGGAUCAUCAUUAACGAGAGGCAGAGACUGAUCAACUCAGCGAACGGGGUGAGCAGAAAGCCACUCCAAAACGGGAGGCAUGAAAACAUCAAAAAUGGGAAUGUUCCCCUGGAAAACCCAGAGGAGCCCCAACGGGAGCAGGAGCAGCCACCGCCGCCCCCGCCACCACCCCCGGAGCCGGAGCCGGUCGAGGCUGUCUUCCUGUCCCCCUUCUCCGUGCCCGAGGCGAGAGGGGACAAAGCCAAGUGGGUGUUCACCUGGCCACUCAUCUUCCUCCUGUGCAUCACCAUCCCCAACUGCAGCAAGCCCCGCUGGGAGAAGUUCUUCAUGGUCACCUUCAUCACCGCCACGCUGUGGAUCGCCAUCUUCUCCUACAUAAUGGUGUGGCUGGUGACUAUCAUCGGGUACACAUUUGGGAUCCCCGACGUCAUCAUGGGCAUCACUUUCCUGGCAGCAGGCACGAGUGUUCCAGACUGCAUGGCCAGCUUAAUCGUGGCGAGACAAGGCCUUGGCGACAUGGCGGUCUCUAACACCAUAGGAAGCAACGUGUUUGACAUCCUAGUGGGACUCGGCAUACCGUGGGGUCUGCAGACCAUGCUUAUCAAUUACGGAUCCACAGUGAAGAUCAACAGCCGGGGCCUGGUCUACUCCGUGGUGUUGUUGCUGGGCUCCGUGGCGCUCACUGUCCUUGGCAUCCACCUCAACAAAUGGAGGCUGGACCGCAAGCUAGGCAUCUACGUGCUGGUCCUCUACGCCGUCUUCUUGUGCUUCUCGAUCAUGAUAGAGUUUAACGUCUUCACCUUCGUCAACUUGCCCAUGUGCCAAGAAGACGAUUAAAGUUGAGCCGCUGCCCCGCUGGGAGCCGCCCCGGACACUCUGGCACUAGCGUCCUCCUUUCUCCUCCCACCAGGAGUCUCCCGCACCGGCAGCCACCGUCUUUCAUGCACUGGAAGGAAGAGCCAUCGUGGUCCUUGGUCACGGGCAAGGCUGCCAGGCGUCCUCCUCCUCCUUGGAGUUCUGCCCCGCAAAAGGC